CACACCAAAGAACAUGGCUGCUUUCAGAGAUGCAGAUACUUUAUUGAGGACGAGGAGGAUCGUGCUGAUUGGGAAAACAGGAGUGGGCAAGAGUGCUGUGGGCAACACCAUCCUGGGCAGACAGGCCUUCACAUCAGAGCUCUCCUUCUCAUCUGUGACUUCUCAAUGUUUGAAAGAGACAGGAGCCGUUAAUGGCACGCCUGUCGCUGUGAUAGACACUCCAGGAAUAAUAGACACUAAAUUUUCUGAAGGGGAGAUAGUGAAGGAGAUCGUGAGGUGUGUUCAGGUCUCAGUUCCAGGACCACACGCCUUCCUGCUGGUCAUUCAGAUCGGCCGAUUCACCGCAGAGGAGAAGAACGCAGUGGAGGCUCUGCAGGAGCUCUUCGGAGAGAAAGUUCACGAGUACAUGAUAGUCCUGUUCACCUACGGAGACAGUCUACAGGGAAGAGACAUCAAGGAGUUUGUUGACAAGGCCAGCCCAGAGCUCAGGAGUGUGAUCGAGAAGUGUGGGAACAGGUACCAUGUUUUCAACAACAGAGACCAGAGUGACCGCACUCAGGUGAGAGAGCUGCUGGACAAGAUCGACAGCAUGGUGGAAGACAACGGAGGAGCCCACUACACCCAGGAGAUGUACGAAGAGGCAGAGAAACUGAUCAGACAGAAGGAGGAGGAGCUGAGGAGAGAAUACGAGGAGAAGAGACAGAGACGGGAGGAAGAGCUGAAGAAGAAACUGAGCCGAGAGAUAGAAGACAACCUGAAGGAUGAAUACAGGAAGAAAUAUCUGAGUGAUGUGGAGACACUGCGUCAGGAGUAUGAGGAGAAACUGAAGGAAGAGUCUGAAAAGUCACUGCUUGCAUUUCUUUUUCAGAAAAUGUUAAAGUUAUGGAAAAAAUUUAAACAAUGGAUAUAAAGUAGAUAAUACGGUGAACAUAAUUGUCAUCAUUGUGACCUGCACUUGAAAGUAAAUAAAAUUAUUUGCAAUUGAGAUCAAUUCUAAGAAAAACAGACUGGGCUUUAAAAAGUUUCAUAAACAUUUAUGACAAUAGUGAAAAUCAAAUUAGGUGAACCAUAAAGUUCUAAACUCUGAAAUGGUAAACAGAGACCGAGUGUCUUGGCAUUUAUAAAUUUGUAAAAACAAAACCAGAAAGCAAAACCUGUCUACAAAUGAUAUAUUUGUAACUCCUGCUUCUUUUCUGAGUACUUCAUGAAAGAUCUGCCUACUC